ACGGCGUGGCGGAGCACAUCGACAUCUCCCACCUUUCUCGCGCCCCCGCCCCUCGUCCCCAUUGGAUCGGGGGCGUCCACCAUUGAUGACCAGCUCUGAAUCUAGUGCUGCAAAUCGUCCGUGGCAAAGAGCGGCCUCGCCAGAUCGCCGGGAGCCCGGAGGGAGGCGAUGGCGGGCGCGGAGGCCGCCCAUGGCAGGAACAAGUACGCGGUUCUUGAUCCCAGCGACGAGCCGGAGAUGGACGCGGGGCGUAGGAGACCCUCGGCGUCCGAGCGGAGGAGCAAGGAGCGGUUCGUGUUCGCCUGCGCAAUCUUCGCCUCGCUCAACGCCAUCCUCCUCGGAUAUGAUGUUGGUGUAAUGAGCGGCGCAAUAAUCUACAUCCAGAAAGAUCUUCACAUUACCGAGUUUCAGGAAGAAAUUUUAGUUGGCUGCUUGAGUGUGGUUUCACUCUUGGGAAGUCUGUCAGGAGGAAGAACAUCUGAUGCAAUUGGCAGGAAAUGGACAAUGGCUCUUGGUGCAAUUGUCUUCCAGACUGGUGCGGCCAUAAUGACAUUUGCUCCUUCAUUCACAGUGCUCAUGAUCGGGAGGCUCCUCGCUGGCGUGGGCAUUGGCUUUGGUGCUAUGAUAUCUGCAGUCUAUAUCGCUGAGAUAUCCCCUGCAGCUGCCCGUGGGACUCUCACAUCUCUCCCUGAGAUCUGUAUCAAUUUAGGGAUCCUCCUUGGUUAUGUUUCCAACUAUGCUUUCUCAGGCCUUUCAGAGCAUAUAAAUUGGAGGAUUAUGCUUGGUGUAGGUAUCCUCCCAUCUAUCUUCAUUGGAUUUGCACUUUUUGUGAUCCCAGAAUCACCCAGGUGGUUGAUGAUGGAAAAAAGAGUUCCAGAAGCCCGGGCGGUGUUGCUGCAGAUAAGUGAGUCUGAAGAUGAGGUUGAAGAAAGGCUGGCUGAGAUUGAGGAAGCUGCAAGUCUUCUUAAAUCAACGAAAUCUGAGGACAAGGCAGUGUGGAUGGAGCUCCUCAACCCUUCUCCUGCCGUCCGCCGGAUGCUAUAUGCUGGCUGUGGUAUUCAGAUGUUCCAGCAGAUUACGGGUAUUGAUGCUACUGUCUAUUACAGCCCAACUAUUUUCAGAGAUGCCGGGAUCAAGUCUGAUCAGGAGCUUCUUGCAGCCACAGUGGCUGUUGGGUUUACUAAGACUGUGUUCAUAUUGGUUGCAAUCUUCCUCAUUGAUAAAGUUGGACGCAAACCACUUCUUUAUGUUAGCACCAUUGGAAUGACUAUCUGCUUAUUUGUCUUGGGGAUUGCACUCACAUUGCAAAAGCAUGCUAUGGGACUUAUUUCUCCAAGAAUUGGGAUUGACCUAGCAGUUUUUGCAGUUUGCGGGAAUGUGGCUUUCUUUUCAAUUGGCAUGGGACCAAUAUGUUGGGUCUUGUCUUCAGAGAUAUUUCCUUUGAGAUUACGAGCUCAAGCAUCAGCACUAGGUCAAGUAGGUGGUAGAGUGAGCAGUGGUUUGGUUUCCAUGUCAUUUCUUUCCAUGGCCCGCAUUAUAUCAGUGGCAGGAAUGUUCUUUGUCUUUGCGGCUAUCUCGACUGUCUCUGUGGCCUUUGUGUAUUUCUGUGUGCCAGAAACGAAGGGGAAAACUCUGGAGCAGAUUGAGAUAAUGUUUGAAGGCGGAAAAGAAUGGAGAAGAGGUGAGGUAGAGCUUGAGGAUACACAACAUUUAAUACAAAGCAGCAAGAAGCCUGUGUCUGUAGGUUGAAAUUAUUAGAAACAAUAAACUUGAAAUCAUUCGACGUUCAAUGGUGAACCAUCCUUACCCUGCUUCCAUCGCCUACGGAAUUAUAAUAUUCGGGUCUGCAAAAUGAUCAGGCUGCCUUGGACUGCUAUGGAUUUUGAUGGCUUAUAAGAGGAGUAUAGUAGUAGGUGCAAAACAGCAUAUUGUUUAGUUCUUCGUGUAAAUGUCUGCUUUACACAACUAAAUCCCAAAAUGUUACCUGGGAGGACACAUGUUGUAUAUGGCGGUAUCUUCUACCUACGAGAAAUAUAGUUGUUGAAGUUCCUUGUUCCACAGUUUAAUUUUAACAGAGGGGGAUAGGUAUAAUGCAAAUUUGCUGUUACUUUCCAACUGAAA